AUGUACUCCGGUGACGGGGCAUACUCUGAUGACGACUCCUCGGCGGCGCCCUCCCCUUCUGAGCCGUCAGGCUGCGCGGUCGACAUCUACACCCUCAUCGACCGAGACUACGUCAUCUUCAGCGAGGGGAGGAUCAGCGAUGAGCUGGCUGACCAUAUCACGGCGAAGAACAAGUCGGAGCUGUGCGCUGACAAAGCAGAGGCGGAGAUGACAGCCCUCGAGGACGAGUUGACGAACCUCUUGCUCGGUCCCGAGGUGUACGAUCCCAGCGCAGACGACGGGUGUGCCACUGCCAGGACCCACUCCGAAGUCUGGGCCCUUGCCGGCGACGAGACCGGAGCUGCGACCGGUCUUGAUUCCGUCGUUAAUUGCAUCCUGGGGAGAGGCCAGACCGCCGACACGAUCCGGCACGUCCAACUGGUCGUCAAGCGCGAUCCUGAUCACGGAAGCACCGCAGUCGAGCACGUUUUCCCAUACACCGAGGACAAGUCCUUCAUCUGGCUCGGGACGAAUCAUGGCAGGUUACACCAUCUUAUUCCGAUCAAAUACAGGGUGGCUCAGAGACUCGCCUUCUCUCCACCUGAAGACAGCCUGCUCUUGAGCUACCUGUCCGGGAUCUUUUCCGGGGGUACUGUGGACAGCAGUGUUGCGGGUGCAUUGUCCGCUGGCUUGAUCGGAGGGGGGUCCGCCUGGCCUGAGGGGUGGACUGAGCUUAUGGUGUUGCUUGGCAGGAAACCCAAUCUAGACGGGACUCCUCAGGACGAGUCGGCGCUGGAGAGCCAUUGA